AUGGUUGCUACCAAGUGGCUACUGCUCCUUCUCUCAGUUGCCCUGUUGGGCCUGAGCUCUGCUCGAUCCACAAAGAAGGAUGAAAAAAAAUCAGAAGAUCCUGUAGCUGCUCAUGCACCAAAUAAAUCCCAGAAGCAUGAUCAGAACACUGGCCAGCAACAAGGAAGUAACCAAGAGCCUGGGCUUCCAGAUGGACAGCAAGGAGGUCAACCAGGUGGUCAGCAGGGAAGACAUCCAAGUAGCCAACAGGGAGGCACUCAAGGUGGCCAGCAGGGAGGACCUCAAGGGGGCCAGCAGGGAGGACCUCAAGGUGGCCAGCAGGGAGGUCGUUCAGGUGGCCAGCAGGGAGGUCAUCAAGGUGGACAGCAAGGAGGUCAACAAGGUGGUCAGCAAGGAGGUCAACAAGGUGGCCAGCAGGGAGGACCUCAAGGAGUACAGGAAGGAAGACCUCAAGGUAGCCAGCAGGAAGCACGUCUAGGUGGACAGCAGGGAGGACCUCAAGGUGGCCAGCAGGGAGGACGUCAAGGUGGGCAGCAGCGAGUACAUCAAGGUGAACAGCAGGGAGGACCUCAAGGUGGCCAGCAGGGAGGACAUCAAGGUGGCCAGCAGGGAGAACCUUCAGGUGUCCAGCAAGGAGACCCUCAAGGUGGCCAGCAGGGAGGACCUCAAGGUGGCCAGCAGGGAGGACCUCAAGGUGGCCAGCAGGGAGGACUUCCAAGUGGCCAGUAA